AAACAUUGCGGACCAGCUAGCCGUCAAGAUGACGACGUGCAAGUGUAUGCUGUCCCUGUUGUUGCUCAGCCUGCUCGCUGUUACCGCAGCCGUCCACCAGGCAGAGAUAGACAAGCUUGUCAAGGACAUCGAAGAGCUCGCCAGACAUCUGAUGCUUCAACAGUUGGUCAUUGAAGAGAGGAUCCGGUCCGACGGAAAUUCAGGGGUGAAGCAGAUCAGAGGCACACAUAAAGGAACAAGAGCCUACUUUGGAGACACAUUCAACAUGGGAUCGAUGUUGUCUAUCCACGACCAUACGAACUACGACCGGACCGUUGGUAUGGGUGAGUUCAGUGCUGUUAUGAAUGGAUUAGAGUUCAGGACAAGACACAACGAUUACAAACUUCGCAUGCCAAGUGAAAAUAGCACUAAAUUCCAUCUUCUUCAAGAUUUACCGUUCCCGGAAGUUCCGCCAUCAGUUAUGGCAAAGCAUAGCGUGCCAGACCAGAUCAAGGAAAUGCGUGAGUACUUCAGAGCCUUUAAGGAGCAGAACUCGUCUAUCCGCCAUGAUUACGCUAACUACUUCAAGCCGGUAAUGUGUUAUGUUGAAGGCGCCUGGACCACGGACACGAAAUCCAUCAGUGAACCAUUUCACAGCGACCGUCAUUUCUUGGAUGCGUCCAGUUGGUUCGAUCUCCUGGAGAAGGUUCGAUUCACAUCCUACACUGGUGGGAAAAGCAACUUCGAAAACUACAGCUUUCUUCCAACAACAAUUACAGAUGUCGUUAACGGAAAUCCGGUUUAUGCGCAGUGGAAUUAUAGGAUAAUUUGCCACCCUAUCCGUACCAGAAUGGGGCUCAGUAGUUUAGCUCUUAUUGACGAUCUAGGUAUCCGGAUGGCCCAUAGGUACUCCUUUGAAAAAGCAAACCAUGCGAGAACCGCUCGAUAUCGACUUACUCCUCGUAGCUUUAACCGGUAUAACAGUACAAAUCAGGCUUCUAGUACUCUUAACCUCGAAUAUACCGGAGUGGAACUUCUCGACAGUAUAAUGAAUGAGAUUCCGGGCAAAGACAACUACCAUCAUACCCUGACGGACGAUGCUUUUGGACAGACGGAAUACAAUAUGCUCAACAGUGGCAAAAGCCCACAAAACGCUGCCUACUACCAUCACCUUACUGACUCCAAACUUCCUAACGCGCAGGGAGAUCACAUCUAUUAUAAGGGAUUCUCAGACGAAAAUCUUUGGGUAGCUGAAACAACUCAACCACGAGUAGCCCCAAUGACUGUGACAUCCUGUCAGUUCAACGCCAGUGUGGGGGAUGUGACCUGUAACAAUCACACCGUCCGCUACUCCUACGCUGUACCACUGGAGAUCAUCUGGAUGACACCCCUGUACACGUGGAAUCCCUACGGUCUCGUUUUUCAUACUGAUAACAAUGUUCCGCCAAAAAACGGGAGGACCGGAGGUACAAACGCCACAACGGCUUUCAACGGGACAAGCAGAUCUUACUACUACUACACACCUAACGAUUUCUUCAAGAGCAACGAGGUCGGACGGGAUCCCGCAGACACAGCAAAGGACGUGGUUGGAGUUCUUGACAAGCACGGGCACGUGAAGAUCGUCAAACCGUCAGGCACGCGCAUCAUGCUUCCAGAAAUUGAUGGGGUUGGAAAGAUUCGAACCCGGUAUCCUGUUGCCCCAUCUCAUCAUGAGGGGAGUCCAAUGUAUAAAGAAGUUGAUGCCUUAAAGGAAAUGAUACUCGACAUACCAAAAAAUCUGAAAUUCUUCGAAUCUCCUCCAUUCGGGUCACACAACGUUCAGACACACAACCCAGAUGAUAGCCUUCAGCAUUUCACCACAACGUUCACCCAUAAGACCCCUCCCGGUCUUCACCAACAUGACGUCUACGUUGACGCGCAUGACUGGUCGAUGCUCCAACGCAACAGUAAGGUCAUGGCCAUUACCACCAACGACAACGAACACAGCCAUACACUGCAGCUACAGCGAGACGCACACAACCAUAACCAAAUCAACAUCAUCUCGUGUGACAACGUCCCACACUGCUGGGACGGACACGCAAACGUUCUCCUGCACAUGACGGACUAGGUGCCGAUGCCACUGAACAGGAAUGUCACAUAAACCAUAAAGGAAAAUAAAAUAAAAUUGCAAUUGUAC